AUGGAAUCUGAUUUUAGUUGGAUGGUUCCCAUAGAAGUGAUGCUGGGUUCUCUCAAUCAUGAAGAAGUUCAAGCUUGCAGUAUUUUUUCGGUUCCAGACAAACUUCGGGAAGCAAACGAAGAUGCUUACAAACCAAAACAUAUCUCCAUAGGUCCCUUACAUAGAGGAGCCACAACACACCUUCAAUUAAUGGAAGAAUCCAAAUGGCGUUACAUGCGCAAGUUUCUUGAACGACAAGGACUAAUACGGGAACUAAAUAAAAGAUUAGAGUUAAAGUUAAGAGAAUGUGGCUUUGAUAUUCUCAAGUUGGAUAUAGUCAUUAGCGCUAGUUAUGGUGGAAGCAACAACAAGAUCAUCAGAGAAAUAGAAUCACACGAACUCGCUAAAAUAAUGAUAGUAGAUGGUUGUUUUUUGUUGGAGCUUCUCAUUAGGCUUUGCGAUUACAUGGUGAACCAAACAAUAACUUCUUAUGUAAAUGACUCGAUCCUUCAAACUGAGGAAAAGGUUUUGUCGGUUUUAAACGAUAUAGCAAUGCUUGAGAAUCAAAUUCCAUUCAUUGUUCUUAAGAAGAUAUAUAGAAAGGUGUUUCCUGAUGGAAGUGAUAUCAAAGAUGAUCAUCGUGUGGCUAAUAUUGUUCGUAUGGCUUUUGGUUAUCCAUUGUCGAAUGGCUCAGGUGGUGCUCAUAUACUUCAUUUGAUGCAUUUGUCAACUGUGGAGCCAAACCCGUAUCAUAUUGGGAAAAAGGCGAAGCUAGAAUUAUUGUGUUGUGCUACAAAGCUUCGUGCUUCUGGAGUAACAAUUAAAGCUAAAUUAAAUAGGACGAAUCAAAAUCAGCAUAAGUUGGUGGAUAUGUUUGAUUUUGGUAUAAGUUUUAGUGAUUCUGGAGAGUUGGAAAUUCCAACGUUACAUAUUAAGAAAACAACCGAAGUGAAAUGGAGGAAUUUGAUUGCUUGGGAGCAAAGCAAAAUUUGGAUUAGAUGCAAAUACACUUCUUAUGCACUUUUCUUUAAGGGUUUGAUAUGUUGUGCUCAUGACAUAGAAUUGCUUGUGGAAAAAGGGGUUAUUGUGAAUGAGUUGAACAAGAGCAAUGAAGAUUUGUUGGCACUAUUUCGCACCAUUUCCAAUGGAGCUGAACAUAUGGAUUUGAGUUAUAGUGAGAUUUGUGCAAGGUUGAAUGUGUAUGACUACAAGGGAAUGAAAGUUAAUAAAAUGUUGCAAAAACUACCUAUUAGGACAUGGCAUCAAUGUAGGUGUGUUUUUGAGAUGGUUGAGUACUACGGGCGAAACUGGUACAAUAUUUUGAUACGUGACCAUAUACCAAAUGUGUGGAAAUUCAUAGGAAUUAUGGCAGCUGCUAUGCUCCUGGUUCUCACCAUCAUGCAGACAUAUUACUCAUCCCACAAUGGCUAA